GGCAUGCUGAGAACAGACUUACACAAGGUCUAGAAAGUAAUGUGGAACAUUGUCCUAUUUUGCUGAUAACUGAAUAAUUUCAGAUCAAAAUCAUAAUGAAGCAGAUAAUUCAUACUGUGGCAUUAUGGGGGAAAAUGGCACCUGCUCACAGUAUUACAACCCUGAUGAUAACAGAUGAUCAAAAAACUAUUGUGACUGGCAGUUUGGAGGGACAGAUUUGUCUUUGGCAUCUGUCAAUUGAUAUGAAGGUUUCAUCUAAGGCAAUGCUGUUUGGCCACACUGCCUCCAUAACUUGUCUGGCGAAGGCAAGAGAUUUUGAAAAGCAGCCAUAUGUAGUUAGUUCAUCAGAAAAUGGAGAGAUGUGUGUUUGGAAUGUCAUCAAUGGCCACUGCAUUGAGAAUGUAAAGCUUCCAUACACUCACACAGCAAUUUAUUUUUACCAUUGCUCAUUCCGGAUGACAGGAGAAGGAUGGCUUCUCUGCUGUGGACAUUAUCCAGAUGUACUCAUCAUUGAUGCAAAGACCUUGCAAGUUCUUCAUUCCUUCAGUUCCCAGUCUUCCGAUUGGAUUAGUUGUAUGUGUAUUGUUCGUUCUACAAGGAUUCAAGAAGAUUCAUUGGUUGCAGUGUCUUUUGCUGGUGACCUGAAAGUGUGGAAUAUAUCAUCAUCAAUCAAUAGUAUACAGGAAAAACAAAAUAUUUAUGAAGCUGAAUCAAAACCUUUGGACUCUACACAAUGCCGUGCUGUACGCUUCUGCACAUACACUGAACGACUUCUGUUGGUGAUCUGCUCCAACUCUUGGAAGGUCUAUGACUAUUGUGAUUUUUCCAUGCUCUGCUCUGACAAUUGCAAGAAAGGCCAGUACUUUGCUGGGGGAGAGUUCCUAGCAGCUAACAGACUUAUUAUUUGGACAGAAGAUGGACACAGCUAUAUCUACCAGCUGCUUAACAGUGGCCUACCCAAGAGUAUAUACCCAAAUGAGGGAGGAUUAGUGAAAGAAACAAUUACUCCUCACUUACUCUGCUCUACAAAUGGAGAAGAAAAGGGUUAUUCAUAUGCAAUGGGCUUUAUGAACCAGAGGAAGGAACCAUUCUUUAAGGUACUAUACUCCGGGGAUGAGUCAGGAAGAAUCCAUUUAUGGCACAUUCCAGAUGUCCUUGUAUUACAGUUUGAUGGUCCACCAUUGGAGCUUCAGAUAGAGACAACCAUAACCCUUCAAGAGAUUUUUGAUAGCCAUAAAUCUAUGGCAGAAGGAAUCAUAGAUCACCUUUGUACCCCCCAAGAAGGGAGGAUGCAUACAACAGUCACUUCAUCUGUAUAUAUUCAUAACCUUGAUAAACUAGUGUGCGGUUGUGAAGAUGGAAACAUUGUUAUUACCCUAGCUCUACAUGCAGCUAGAGCAAGACUUCUUGAAGAUCAUCCAUUACUGAAAGGUACACUUCCACAUAAGAUAUUUAAAGGCCACAGCUGCAGUGUUACAAGUUUACUUUACCCACAUGGGAGGUCAGAGAAGUUUGAUCCAAGUUGGCUAAUUUCUGGAGAUAAGAAUUCAACAGUAAUCUGGAGAGAUAUUUUUACAGGGGAAAUAUUCCACAAGUUUACACUACAGGCUGGUUCAGUUCUUAAACUACUUGUCCCCCCUGAUCAUUACAAAGUAAAAUUGUUCCAGAGUAUCUAUUGCCUAUGCAGUGAUAAUUCAGUUGCCCUUUUGAACUUGCAAGAGCGCAUUUGUUUAUUUCACGGCAGAAAACAUCUCUUUCCAGUGAAGACUAUGAAAUGGCACCCCAUUGAAGAUGUUUUAAUUGUUGGAUGUGAAGAUGGUUCUGUAUACGUCUGGGAUAUUGAUACUGGUACUUUGGAGCGCCACGAGACAGGGGAAAUGGCAAAGGCCAUUCUAAAAUCUUGUGAAGAUUUCAAUUUUGUGAUGAUAGACACUGUAGCUCUAGCUUCUCAAGAGACAUCAAGAAAUAAAAGAGUCACUCCCAAGACAUCCAACUCUUAUAAACUUGGCCACCUGCCACAUAAUCUGAUGCUGCACUCUGAGAAGACAUCCCACAAACCUGCAGAUUCCAAAAAUGGCCAAAGCCCAUUUACAGUUUUACCCAUAAGAACUAAAUAUAACAUCAGCUUACACUUGCUUUUAUUCGAUCUGGAAAAAGUUUUUGAACUUUUACAGUCUUCCCAAGAAAGCAGACUAAAGUCAGCAAAAUCCUUCCACAGUUAUGAUGCAUUGAAAGUGUCUAAAGGCUCUUCAGAAAAAAGACCAUUAACACUUAAAAGAAAUAGGACUGCUGGAUCUUUAUCACAAAUGGAUGGGCAAGUUUCUGAAACUAAUGCCAAAGAAAAUACUAUUCGUCCUUUAGAAGAGAGUGUCAGUAUCAAGAGGAAUAAGAAAUUUAAAAGCACCAAAAAAGACAAGACUAAGCCAUCUGGAAAAGUUGAUGUAAAUAUGGUUAUGGAUGCAGCUAAGCUCCUUAUUUCAUGUCUGUUACCCUGGGGGCUAGAUAAAGAACUGGACAACUUUUGCAUUAGACACUUAGAUAUUCUGAAACUUCAUGGCUCAGUUAGUUUUGGAACUAUAUCAGAUGAAGAUCAUGUGUCUUUAAUGUUACCAGGAUGGAAUGAAACCAACAAAAAUAAGGUUGAAAAUCUUUCUCAUAAUUUGUUUUCACAAAAAGUAGUAGAGCUGUCUACUAAAUAUGCUUUUGCUACAGAAAAACAUAAAGCAAGUCAUGGAAAACAAGAAAACAAUAGUCUAAGCACAUUAGGUCUUGAUACUCUCUUACAGUUUCUAAAGAAGAUAUUUCUGGUCAAUAAAACAUUAAAAAUGGACACGGAUUCAAAAUUUGCCACCCGACCUAGAAGUCAAGAAAAGAUGGAAUCUGUUCGCUCCAAAUGGAAAAAUUCUGAAAAUGUCAGCUCAUCAGUUCCGGCAUUUCCAGUUGAGCUUCUGCAAGACAGAAAUGGACAGAGUUUUCCAGAUGCAGAAAAUAUAUCCCUAAUUAAGAUUGUUUCUUCUUGGAGAGAUCAGUCUGUACAGGUUACAGAGGCAAUGCAAGCAGUUUUAUUAGCCGAAGUUAAGAAACAAAUGCAGUCUUUGCAAGAAACACUCAUUUUCAUGCAGUCACCUGCCACAAUGGAGGUUGAAAAGACUACCAUACUUUCUAAAAUGGAUCUCUCAGAUGUUAUAGAAUUGCAGCCUAUUAAAUCUAAUCCUCUACAAACAACUCCAGAGAGUUUAGAAAAAAAUGAGGUUGGAUCCAAAACAGUGAACUUCCAAGAACCAGAGGGCACAAAUGACAAAUGUGGAAUGGAGGAUUCAGAAAGUCCAGAUGAUCUGAAACAAAAUCCAUGGAUGUCCAAAGUAUGUUAUUGCAAAGUAUGCUAAGGAGUGAUGUGUAUUUGUCUUUUAACAUGAAUUACUAUUUUACUAUUGCUUCAGACAGUAAAAUAACAAAAAUGCUCUAGUUUGUAUUAAGCUUUCUUUCAUUAUAUAUAAAAUAUUCAUCACACGUGUGUAUAUCAUGAAUGUAAAAUUUGUUGUAAAUUGAUAUGUAAUUUUGUGACAUUUACAAUAGUUUUCAAUAAUGUCUAUAGUAACUGUGAAUAGCUGAAAUAGUAACAUUUCCAUUUUGGAAAAAAAAAAUGUUUUUAUAAUGUAAGAAUCAUCCUGCUACUUUGGUUAUUUUGUGUUUUCCCCCCCAAAAUUAUAUCUACAAAAUACUGGAGCUACAUAUCUCCAAAAUUAGAUUGCUCCCAUUAUUAAAGAAAAUAUUUGUACAUCAUUUGGUCUAAUUGCCAAAAAUGCCAGUGCAAAGAACAGUGUUAAAAUGAAGAAAACAGAAGGUCAAGACAGAUUUUUCUUUUCUGUUUUUUUUUCUCUCAUUUAACCAUCCUCCUCCUAACAUACUUCUAACAUAACAUGGAAUUAAGAAGGCAUUUUUAUUGUUAUUAUUAUUAUCAGGUAUUUGUAGAGUGCCAACAGAUUCCACAGCGCUAUAAUCAUAGGUGGUAUACAUUAUAACAUUUACAGGAAUCAGAUGAGUAGAGGGCUCUGCCUAGAGUUGCACUGUUGUAGUCGGCAAUUAUGAAGGCGAUCUACAAACAGCUGGUCUCAUAGGCUUACAUUCUAAGGGGUUCAAGGGGAAAGCAAUGGAGUUAGGAAAGGUUAGUGUCGGUUGAAUACAUCCCUGAAUAGUAGUAUUUAGGGAGCGCUUGAAGCUGUUAAAACUAGGGAAGAGUCUUGUGGAGCGAGGCAGGGAGUUCCACAAGAUGGGAGCCAGUCUGGAGAAGUCCUGUAAAUGGGAAUGUGAGGAAGUAACAAGAGAGGAGGAGAGUAGGAGAUCAUAAGCAGAGGGAAGGGGACUGGAGGGAGAGUAUCUGGAGUCAAGGUCUUAAAUGUAGGGGGUAGCAGUGCAGUUGAGGGCUUUGUAUGUCAGAGUGAGGAUUUUGUGUUUAAUCCUGGAGGCAAGAGGAAGCCAGUGAAGGGAUUGGCAGAGAGGUGCAGCAGAUGAAGAGCGACGUGUAAGGAAGAUUUGCCUGGCAGAGUCAUUCAUUAUGGAUUGUAAAGGAGCUAGGCAGCAGCUAGGUAGACCAGACAGGACGGAGUUGCAAUAGUCGAGGCGGGAAAGGAUGAGAGAGUGGAUUAAAAUCUUAGUUGUGUCUUGUGUAAGGAAAUGUCUAAUUUUAGAGAUGUUUUUAAGGUAGAAGCGGCAGGCUUUAGCCAAGGACUGAAUGUGAGGAGUGAAAGAAAGGUCUGAGUCAAGUGUGACCCCAAGACAUCAGGCAUGCGGGUUAGGGGUAAUGAUGGAAUUAUCAACAGUUAUAGAAAAUUGGGGGGUGGAGAUUUUGGAAGAAGGGGGGAAAAUAAGGAGCUCAGUUUUGGAGAGAUUUAGCUUAAGGUAGUGAAAAGACAUCCAAGAUGAGAUAUGAGAAAUACAGUUAGUGACACGGGUUAGAGAGGUAGAUUUGGGUAUCAUUGGCAUACAAAUAAUAUUGAAACCCGUGGGACGUUAUUAAGGAACCUAAUGAUGACGUGUAGAUUGAAAAAGAAGGGGACCGAGGACAGAGUCUUGAGGUACCCCAACAGAAAGUGGUAACGAAGCAGAGGAUGCUCCAGAGAAGGCUACACUAUAGGUACGGUUAGAUAGAUAGGAUGUGAACCACGAGAGAGCUGUGUCACAGAUGCUGAAGGAUUGGAGGGUUUGGAGCAAAAGAGGGUGGUUGACAGUGUCAAAGGCUGCAGACAAAUCAAGGAGGAUAAGCAGAGAGAAGUGGCCUUUGGAUUUUGCUGUAAGUAGGUCAUUGGUAACCUUGACAAUUGCUGUCUCUGUGGAGUGAUGGGGACAGAAUCCAGAUUGCAGUGGGUCAAGAAGAGAGUUUAGUGCAAGGAAUUGGGAUAGACGUGCAUAUACUAGCUUUCCAAGGAGCUUUGAGGCAAGAGGGAGUAGGGAAAUAGGGCGGUAGUUGGAUGGGGAGGUUGGAUUGAGGGAAGGUUUUUUGAGGAUAGGUGUGAUCAGUGCAUGUUUUAGAGAUGAGGGAAAUAUACCAGUGCUGAGGGAGAGGUUGAAAAUGUGUGUGAGUAUAGGGGUAAGGGUAGAAGAGAGGGAGGGGAGUAGCUGUGAGGGGAUGGGGUCGAGGGGACAGGUAGUGAGGUGGGAGGACAGUAUAAGGGCAGAAACUUCUUCCUCAGUAACAGGGGCAAAAGAGCUAAAUUGAUGGCUAUUUGGGUUUUGGAUGGCUGUGUGCUUUUCAGGGGGUGGGGGAUUGGUAGUAUGUUGAGAGCCCAUUUAAUUUCUGAUGGAGUCAAUUUUGUUAUUGAAGUGGUUGGCAAAACCUUGAGCUGAGAGAGAAGUUGUAUUAGGAGGUGGGGGUGGGCUGAGAAGAGUAUUGGACAUGGAAAACAGACGUUUUGGGUUAGAGGAAAGAGUAGAGAUGAGAUUAGAGAAGUAUAAAGAUUAAGGGCAGAAUAGUAGGAGUUCAAGAUGAACUUGUAGUGAAGAAAGUCAGCUGAACCCUGAGAUUGUUAUGUAAUUACAGUCACAUGUUUAAUCAACUUAUCUCAGGCAAGUUGGCUGAUUAUCCUUUUAUAUAUAAAAAUUAAUGAUAAUCAGAAUGAACAUGUUGCUUUUAAUUUAUUUAUAUUUCAUAUUUAAGAAAUGUAAUAAGGAAAGGACAGAUAUUCAUUAAAAAAAAUGUUGUUUUUUUUAAUCAACAUAAUGAUUUCUUGAAGGAAGAUCUCUAUUGAAUGUCCCAACAUAUAUUUAAUAAAGUUUAGUUAGAUUAUUUUUUUUUACUUUAUGUUUUAUGUUAACCUAGAAACCCAUAAAAUCCAGACUUUGAUGUGCCUUUCCUCCAAUGAUUUGAACAUUAUUAUUUAGGCUUUAUUAAGGUACAGUUUAGGUUAGUUAAUACAGGUCACAAGUUCCUAUCUAUAUAUAUAAAAGCAUUGCUAUAUUAUUAUUAUUUGUUUUAAACGGUAAAACAAUUUUUCUCUAUUCUACUUUUUACUAGUUAAAACAAUAUUAAGUAAUUAAUUGUGCUGGGUUUUAAGCCAUGAUUUUUUUUAUUGAAAUGCAAUUUAUAUGGUUAUUCAAAAUAAAAAAAUACUAACUGGUGCACCAUUACACAUUUUAAAAUGUGUGCUAUGAAACUUUAAAGGGACAUGAAACCCACAUUUUUUCUUUAAUGAUUCAGAUAGAGAAUAUAAUUUUAAACAACUUUCUAAUUUACUUUUAUUCUCUUGUUAUAAUUUAUUGAAGGAGCAGCAAUGCACUAAUGGUUUCUAACUGGACACAUGUGUGAGCCAAUCACAAUCGACAUAUAUAUGUAGCCACCAAUCAACAGCUAGAAUCUAGGUUCUGUGCUGCUCCUGAGCUUGUCUAGAUAAACAUUUCAGCAAAGGAUAACAAGAGAAGGAAGCAAAUUAAAUAAUAGAAGUUAAAUGGAAAGUUGUUUAAAAUUGUAUUCUCUAUCUGAAUCAUGAAAGAAAAUUUUUGGGUUUCAUGUCCCUUUAAAGCUACACAUAUUUUUAUAAUUAUAUUUCUAUAUAAUGUCUAACAAGCGUUGUACUACCAGAACUUGUUA